AUGUCCGUGCCGAAGCUUCGAGUGGACCUGGCUCAGACCGCGGAGCUGGAAGAGCUGCAACUCGAGCCCGGAUUCUCCGCCGAGUUUCUCUGCCACUACUGCGAGACGAAGGACUUGGAGCAGGUCGCGUAUCUGGAGAUCCAGGUGGACUCUGCAACGCAGAGCCUCGAACUCCUCGGGGAACAUCUGCCGAAGCUUCGACAGCUGAAGCUAACGGACCCGUCGAGCGUGCUCAGCCUUCGGGACUUAGGCUCAGGGCUGAAGCACUUGGAGGUGCUCUGGAUGAGCCGCUGUGGUUUGCAGGACCUGGGCGGGGCAUCAGCCCUGCUCCCAUCCCUCAGGGAGCUCUAUCUAUCCUUUAAUGAUGUGGUUGAUGCGACACCUCUCAGUGGGUGCGAGCAGUUGGAGGUUUUAGAUCUUGAGGGCAAUGCCAUCGUCGACGAGGAGGAUAUACGAGCUUUGGGCAGCUGCUCGCACCUGCGAGAGCUGAACCUGGCAGGCAACCCUGUCUAUCGGACCUCCUGCAAGCCAGGUGCCCUGACGCGUGAACGGGUGAUCGAGCUGCUUCCAAAUCUGGAGGUUCUAGACGAUCUCCGGACGAAGAUAAGCUCAAUACAACGAUCAUUUGAGUGUGUGGAUUCAGAUGUCGAGGACCCUUUUGAUGCGAAUUUUCCGAGUCGCGGCACUGAAGCUCCAGCAAGUGAGCCAGAGGAGGGCAGAGACUUGGGCAGUGCCGAUGAAGACGAUCAAGAGCCCCAGCAUCCCCUGCUGCUUGCGGGCUUUGCCGACAGGCGUGAAGAGAUUCAGGGCAAAGUUCCUUUUGCUGGCGAGCCAGACGAGACCGAGCUUAUCCUGGAGCAGCUGAAGCGGGCCAGGAGACAGUUGAAAGGCCAUGCCUUCACAGCCCGACCGGCCUUUGGCGGGUCGGGUCCGGGAGCCUCCGGCUUUGGCGUGCAGCUGCCGCGCAGGACAAAAACGGCAGAGAACCAAGAGGGUUUUCGGCCAGCGACUGCCUCGAACUCCCGGCUACGUUUCGAGGAUAUGAUGCCAGCAGACUCUGCCAGUGACCUUACCUGUGGCGAGACGCUGGCAGGGAACCCUUUGCGAGCACUCCGCCAGCGACACCCUUCCGGAGCCUCCACUGCUCGGGAGGUAGGCAUGGACAUUCGGCAGCUGCUGCAGCGCUAUCAGACGUACACACAGCCUGGCAUAGCGCGGUCGCCGAUCACCGGCGCAGACCAGAGUCCAGCGGCUCGCGCGCCCACUCCCGACGUUCGCGUAAGGACUCCGAAGAGCUUCGGUUCCCUCCCGGAGCCAAGGACACCGUCUGGAAAAAGCCCGCAGGUCUCCGAGAUCACUCCGUCGCCGUCGCCCUCCCCAGAGUCCUCGCAGAGGCCAACAUCACCGCCAAAGUCGCCGGUGCGGCCAAGCGGGAGCCGAAAAGGACGGCCGCCGCUGCCACGGAGUAAUGGCUACCAUGCCACUUCCGCCGGAAGCUCUGAGGUGCUGGAGCUAAGCUGA